GACUUUUAGAGCACAACGUACAACUCCGAUACACACAUAAAAACCCUCCCCUGAAAAUCCCCCAAAAGCUCACUGUUAUCCGGGGGAAGUGAGGGAUUCGUGAAUGGACAAGUACAAGUGGAGUGCCCACGAGCCCUGAUUCAUUUCCACCAUCUGUUCUUUCGCUUUCUCUCUUGCUGUCAUCUGCUUUGGCUGGAUCCUGGCCGGAUUCCAUGGCUUCAAUCAUCGAAUCUGGUUGGACGUAUCUGAUCACAAAUUUCAGUGACUUUCAGUUGGCUUGCCUUGGAAGUUUUUUGCUUCAUGAAUCUGUUUUCUUCUUAUCUGGACUUCCUUUCAUUUACUUAGAAAGGGCAGGAUGGCUGAACAAGUACAAAAUUCAGAUGAAGAAUAACACCAAUGAAGCUCAAAAUAAAUGCAUCACUCGCUUACUAUUGUAUCAUUUUUGUGUCAAUCUCCCUGUUAUGAUUGCUUCAUAUCCUGUCUUCAGAUUCAUGGGAAUGAGAAGCAGUCUUCCAUUGCCAUCCUGGAAAGUAAUGUCUACACAGAUAAUAUUCUACUUCAUAGUUGAAGAUUUUAUAUUUUACUGGGGACACAGAAUUUUACAUACCAAAUGGCUGUAUAAGCAUGUCCACAGUGUCCAUCAUGAGUAUGCAACGCCUUUCGGAUUGACUUCAGAAUACGCACACCCUGCUGAAAUAUUAUUCCUUGGUUUUGCUACUAUUUUCGGUCCUGCCAUCACGGGCCCACAUCUCAUAACACUUUGGUUGUGGAUGGUGGUGAGAGUUCUUGAGACAGUUGAGGCACAUUGUGGUUAUCAUUUCCCAUGGAGCCCCUCAAACUUUCUUCCUUUAUACGGGGGUUCUGACUUUCAUGACUAUCAUCACCGACUCAUCUACACCAAAUCAGGGAACUACUCAUCAACUUUUGUCUACAUGGACUGGUUAUUUGGCACGGACAGUGGAUACAGAAAGCUGAAGGCAUUGAAGAGUGAAGAGGAAGCCAUGUUUAAAGAGAAUUGACUAAGGGGAGAAAAGGUUCCUUUUUAUUUUUUUUCUUGAAUGUGAUUUGUUUCUAGACUUUUAACAUUGUUGAUUUGAAAAUCCUUUUCAGAACCAAAAAGAAACUUGUUGAAUAACAAGUAUUGUUUUUUCUCCUUCAAAUCGUGUGCAUGAAAAAUGGUCGAUGAAUUGUAAUUUAUCUUUUGAGUGAAUUACAUUAUUGGUCCCUAAGCGUA